AUGUCGUUCCCUACUCCUAAGCGCCAUAUGCAACAACAAAAUUUGAAUCAAGAUAUAAUCACAGAAAUCCUUAAAAGGCUGCCUGUGAAAUCUCUACUGCAAUUUAGGUGUGUUUCAAAAGUUUGGCGUGCUUUAAUAUCAUCUCCGGAAUUUGUCAAAUUGCACUUAAAUUUUCAUUCGAAAAAGGAUAUUAAGGUCAUGACAUAUAGCAGUGUAAAUCGGAUUAGCUAUAUGUCCUUGUUUUCUAUUACAGAAAACAAGCAAUCAUCAUUUCGAAAGUUUAUUACAAAUGACCGCUCGGUCUUAAUCCCUGAAGAUGGUUUUGAAUUUUUGGGUUCUUGCAAUGGGCUCUUUUGCUUUCGUGCUAAACCGUAUCAAAUAAUGAUUUGGAACCCUUCAUUAAAUGGAAACGUCAAGACAAUCCCAGACGUAUGGCGGUUCGGCUACAUAAGCAUAUUUGGAUUUGGAUACGACAUGCAUAAUGACAACUACAAGGUUGUUUAUGCUUAUUAUGGUGACAAUAAUGGUGAUGAUGAAUAUGCGGUUUUGGUGUAUAGUUUUAAGCUUGGGACAUGGAAAAGAUGUGAUAGAGGGUUUAGUAGUGGGUUUGUUUAUCCCAGAAUUGCUGUGUUUGUGAGUGGUAGUCUCAACUGGUGCAACAACAACUUAAAUGACAGUGACUGGAGUUGGAAUAUAAUUUCUUUUAAUUUAACCACCGAAACAGCCAAAGCUAUAGCGUUACCCAGCCAUGAACAUGGGGCUGCCAUUUGUGUAGGUGAGUCAAGAGGAUUGCUUUUUGCAGGUUUUCAUCUCAAACGUCAAAUGGAAGUUUGGGUGAUGAAUGAGUUUGGAGUUGAAGAAUCAUGGACUAAACUUGUCUGCAUUUCAAACUUACCAGUUCAUCAUCCACUUCCCCGGGGUUCAGAGAACACGGCAUACAUGGCUCUGUGUAAUGCUAAACUCGCAAUUGUACAUGUUUCGGAAAAUGGUGAUAUUCUAAUGAUGGUUGGACAUCAGUUGAAGCUCCAUAGACCUAACGCUAGAAGGGGUAAGAAUUUUAAUAUCCCCUAUGAUCUUGGUUAUACGGUUACAAGUUAUGUGGACACCCUUGUUUCACCAUGA